ACAUGACUCGGAUGCAGGUCUAUAAAUAGAAGCAAGCCGCUAGAGAAGCUCUGCAGUAUCAACUCUCGAAAAUGAAGGCCAUUUUACUCAUCAUCUGUCUUCUCUUAGCUUCCUCAGUUCUUUUUGUUCCUUCUUUAGUUUUAGCUCGAGAAUUGAAAGUCGAGCAAGCUGAUGCUCCGUACCGUAGAAUUAUAGGCAGUCCCCAGCGUGGAAAGCUGCCGCCAUGUGAUCGUAGUAGGAAUUAUACGCCAUGUUUACCAAGAAAAACCCAGCCGCCGCCGCCGCCGCCGCCGCCGCCACCGCCACCUCCACCUGCUAGACCUUGUCGCCGCUACACCUAUAAGCGUAAUUGCUUCCCGCCUCCUUGACAUCAGAAGCGCCAUGAGGUGGGACUACUGGUUCGGCAUAAAAAGCACAAAUCUUUUAUGUAUAUAUAUAUAGAUAUAUAUAUGGUUUUCCCGGGGUCUGUGAUGGCUUUACUUCGCAGUAGUGUUGAAAUAUGCACUGAUCAGAAACUAGCGGACGUUUGUCCCUCGUACUUAUAAUAAAUGAACUCCAAGGAGUCCAGUACGUACGUACAGUUUGAUGUAAUGUAUUAUAAAUGUGGGCAAUUUGAAAGGGUAAUAUAAUAUAAUCUAGGUAUUAUCAUACCAAGCUUUAGAUUCACAUGUAUCUCAAAUAAUCCGUUUCAAUAUUAAUCAUUGGUAAAUCAUAUAUAUUAUCAACCAUUGAUCUA